AUGACUAACGGAGAGGAACAAAUUGAACCUGCUGUGACUGUUACUAUUAACACAGUUUCGGGGAUGCCAGGUCCUAGCCGUCCUACUGCACCUGCAACGACGAUGCCACCAGCGGAAAAGCCGGGGAAAUUUUCUGGUGUUGACUUUAAGAGAUGGCAGCAAAAGAUGUUCUUUUAUCUAACCACUCUAGGUCUGCAAAGGUUCAUUCAAGAGGAUGUUCCAGUCGUGCCUGAAGGAACCCCUGACAACGAGCGCUUCCUAGUUACUGAGGCUUGGAAGCACUCUCAUUUUCUGUGCAAAAAUUACAUAUUUAGUGGGCUGGAAGAUGGCUUGUACAACAUUUAUAGCAAGUACAAGACUGAAGAUGCUGGACUUAAGAAGUUUGUGGCCGCCAAAUUUCUGGAUUUCAAAAUGAUUGACGGUAAAUCUGUAAUAACGCAAGUCCAAGAAUUGCAAGUUAUUGUUCAUGACCUCCUUGCUGAAGGUAUGGUCAUAAAUGAAGCGUUUCAAAUUGUGGCAUUUAUUGAAAAGCUGUCUCCACUGUGGAAGGACUUUAAGAAUUACUUGAAACAUAAGCGCAAGGAGAUGACGCUUGAAGACCUUAUUGUUCGUCUACGGAUUGAAGAGGACAACAAGGCUGCUGAGAAGAAAUCUCGUGGAAAUUCAACAAUAAUGGGUGCAAAUAUUGUUGAGAAAGCUUCAACGAGUAAAAAGAGAAAGAAGCCGUCUGGAUCAACGAAUUAUCCAAGCAAGAAGAGGUUCAAAGGUAAUUGCCACAACUGCGGAAAGGUUGGACACAAGGCUACUCAAUGUCGUGCAGCAAAGAAGGACAAGAAGAAAAGACAAGGAAACAUGAUUGAGAAGAAUGAUGAAAUAGACGAACUAUGUGCCAUGUUUUCAGAAUGCAACCUAGUCGGAAAUCCUAGAGAAUGGUGGAUUGAUUCAGGAGCAACUUGA